GCGCAGCGGACGUCUUCCUGCAUGCUACAAGUGUCAGCAGAGUCCGUGCCUCACAUGAAUUCAUAGCAAAUUUAUGUUGGCAUGAGAUUUCCCGAUGGCUACAUCGAAUACCAGCAUCAGCCCGGGCGUGGAUCCGGCGGAGACCAAUUCAGCCCCAUCCUUCGUUAAUGGCUUGCGAAGCACUAUUGCAACCGGCAAUCUUAGCUCUGAUGACGCAAUAUGGAUAUUGACCAGUACCUUUAUAAUUUUCACCAUGCAAUCAGGUUUUGGCCUGUUGGAAUGUGGUACGGUGUCCAGUAAGAACGAGUUAAACAUCAUGAUAAAGAACAUGGUCGACGUCAUCUUCGGCGGUACAACUUUCUGGAUGUUUGGCUAUGCGUUUCAGUUCGGCCAAGCUGAGGGUGCGAAUUGGUUCUGCGGGAUGGGAGAUUAUCUCCUUAUCCACGAAGAUGAAAAAAGUGAGGGAGACACACUUGCCCAUUAUUUUUUCCAGUCCUCCUUUUCCACCACUGCCGCUACCAUCGUUUCUGGGGCAAUGGCAGAAAGAACGAAGCUUUUAGCCUAUAUCGCUUUCUCUUGUUUUAACACCCUCAUUUUCGUCUUCCCCGCCCAUUGGAUUUGGAGCAAUAGGGGAUUUCUUAAGGAGUUGCAAGUAAUUGAUGUGGCGGGAGCAGGGCCAGUACAUAUACUUGGUGGAACCACUGGUCUCGUGGCCACAUUGAUGCUUAAGCCCCGAAUGAACCGAUUUACCAAGUCUGAGCCCAAGUCCAAGAUGAGUUCGCCCACUAAUGCUAUGCUAGGGAUGUUCAUGCUUUGGUGGGGAUGGCUAGGCUUCAACUGCGGCAGCACUUUUGGCAUCACCGAUAACAAGUGGAUCCUAGCGGCACGGUCAGCAGUGGCAACUAUCAGUUCAUCAAUUGGUGGAGGGAUGGUUGGAAUGGGACUCAGUUACACGUUCAAGAAGAGAAAAUUUGACAUUGCCGACCUGAUCAACAGUAUUCUUGGUUCCUUGGUAUCGAUAACGGGUUACUGUGCCUACGCCUAUCCAUGGGAAGGCUUUAUCAUCGGCUGUGUAGGUGCAGUCAUCGUAUUUUUCGGAGUGAAGUUGCUCGAGGACCUCAAGAUCGACGACCCAGUGGGCUGUAUUCCCGUACAUAUGAUGUGCGGUGUUUGGGGUUUGGUCUGCAUAGGCCUGUUCGGCCAGCCGGACACCAUUGGAGGUACAACGAAGUUGUAUGGCGUGUUCUACGGUGGAGAGUACUAUCUCUUGUGCGUGCAAGUCCUUUGCGUUCUCAUCAUCAUCAUCUGGACAGUCAUCACCUCCACCAUCAUCUUGACUUGUAUUGACUUGACCAUCGGAUUGCGCAUCAGCAAGGAAGAGGAGAUUCUCGGCUCCGAUAUCGUGGAGCAUGACUUUAAUCAUGUGUCGGACGACAGAUAUGAAGAUGAGACUAUUAAGCUGCUUGGAGACUACCAGCGACUGUGCAAGCGGAAGCUAUCAAUAGAGUGCGAGCAGUAUUUUCGGAAAUUUUAGAACAGACAUAUUUUCUGUCAGAACGGAUUUUCUCCCUAACUUUGGACAAACUCUGUCUUUUCCCAGGUUACAGAAAUUGAUACUGGGUUGAGCAGUGGGUGACACUGAAACCAUGCCAUACUUUCUGUGUAAUCAGCAACCACCACUGUUGAUUUCACUUAACAUAAAGGAAUGGAAAAAUGUUAUUCUGAAUACAUGUAAC